GCCAAAUGCUAGUAUUGCUGAACCAUAUCCCACAAUUUUUGAAGAAACGUAUCCAGGAACUAAUAAAUUGGAUUUCUUAGUAUUUGGUGAUUGGGGAUAUCAAGAUCCCUUCUAUUACCCUUAUGAUAAUCUAUCUGAUGCUGAUAACUUAAAAGCGUACUUGUUAGCAUUAGGUUUACAUACUCCUGAUGCAAUUGAAACAAUGUUAAAAUGGAUAGAACAACAACUUAUAAAUCUUCAACAUUCUAAAUGGAUUUUUGUUGUUGGUCAUCAUCCCUUAAUAGCUGGUAAUUGUUCUUCUAUUUAUUAUAUGUCUAGAUUACCUCCUCUUUUUGAAAAAUAUAAUGUGUCUGCUUAUCUUGCCGGUCACGUUCACAAACUUGAAUAUCAACAAGUUAAUUCUACUUCUCAUGUUGCCUAUUUUACUACCGGUGCCGGUAGUAAAACCCAAUUUGAGGGUUGUGAUGGUGCUAGUUGGUUCAUGCCUGGUGGCGGUGCUGAGGGAACCAGGGGGUUUUUACAUAUUUGGAUUCAAGAAGACGGUGAAAAGUUAUUGUUUGAAUUUAUUAAUUCUACUAUUGCUGAUAAACUGCCUGUUUCAGUUUAUCAAGAACUAGUUUAA